AUGUCUUCCAAAGCAGCCGCCUCUGGCCGGGACCCUCAGGCUCCAGUUCCAAGCCAGGAGGUCUUCGGUUCUACUAUCAAAGCUCACCGAAAGGACCCGGUCAUCCCAAAUAUAAGCUACGGUCUGCCAUUCGACAAAGCUAUCGUCAACCAUGUGGGACCGGAUGCCAAAGUGUAUGUGCUCGCCAGCAAGACACUUUCAGAGAAAACCAACAGCCUCGACCGCCUGAAGACAGCUCUUGGCACGCGUGUGAAGGGCACAAGGGUCGGGAUGACGCCUCAUACAAUCUUCCAAGAGUGCUUAGAGGUGACAGGCGAAGCCAAAACAGUCGGAGCUGAUACCAUCGUCACCCUCGGGGCUGGGUCACUGUCCGAUGCGGCCAGGUUCGUGCGUAAGGCCCUCACCAACGACAUCAGCACAAUCGCCCAGCUCGAAAAGCACACGGUGAACGUCAAAGACGGCAAAUGGACAGGGCCCCAGGGUCACAACCCGCCCACCGCCAACCUCGUCUUCAUCCCGACCUCGCUCUCGGCAGGCGAGCACACGCCCUGCAGCGGGGUCACCGACGGCGACACUAAGCAGAAGUACCAGAUCGUGGCGGCACAGGCGAGCGUGACCAUCUACGACCCGUGGCUGGCGCAGACGACACCCGAGUCGGUCUGGCUGCAGUCCGGCGUGAGGGGCAUCGACCACGCCGUCGAGUCGAUACUGUCGGGUCAUGCGUUCCCGGAGGUGUAUGAUGCCUGCCUCAAGGGGCUGCGGCUACUCGUGCCGGGACUCCUCGAUAGCCACGGGGGCAGGGACAGCGCCGAGGCUCGCCUCAACUGCCAGCUCGGGGCGUCUCUGGUGAUUCUCCCGAUCGCAUGGGGCGUGCCUGCUGGGGCGAGCCAUGGUAUUGGCCACAUGAUGGGCCCGAUGGGCGUUGGGCAUGGCGAGACUAGCUGCAUACUCCUGCCGGCGGUGUGCAAGUACAAUGCCAGAGUCACCGGGGAGAAGCAGGCCAGGAUAAGAGAGGUCCUCUGGGACAUCACUCUGUGCCGGCAGCUUUUCUCCAGCAAAGGCCUGCGCGAGGAUCAAGCUGACCUGGGAGACUUGCUAGACGUGGUGGUUCGAGCGCUGGGGAUGCCCAGGACACUCAAAGAGAAGGGGAUCACCGGGGAGAAGGUGCACGAAUUGGCCCGGAUGAGUCUGAAAGACACAUGGCUUGCGACGAAUCCGGUUCCGCUGACAACUGAGGAAGAGGUUCUCAAGGUUCUGAGUAUGGUGAGGGGAUAA